CUAUACUGAUCGUAAGAUGAAGGCUGUGGCGAGGAGGGGCUGAGAGGGGGAUGUGGAUACCGGCCGUGAUCCUGCUCGUCGUGGCUGGGACGGCGAAUGCAGCCCAUCUCGCUGCCGCCGGUCCGUUCCCGGCCAAGCUGAACCUGGAGAGGGCGCUGCCUACGAGAGGGGUCGGAGUGGAGCAUCUCAAGGCUCGGGACCGCGCCCGGCAUGGCCGGUCCCUGUUGGGCGCCUCCUUUACCCCCGCCGGGGUGGUGGAUUUCCCCGUCGAGGGCUCCUCCAAUCCGUUCACCGUCGGGCUUUACUUUACUCGUGUGAAAUUGGGGAACCCGUCGAAAGAAUUUUAUGUCCAGAUUGACACUGGAAGUGACAUCUUGUGGGUGACAUGCAGUUCAUGCAGUGGGUGCCCAAUAUCCAGUGGGCUGAAUAUCCAACUGGAAUUCUUUGACCCAGACAAGUCAUCCUCAUCGUCAUUGAUAUCUUGCUCUGACGAUAGGUGCACCUCUGCUCUCCAAACGGAAGAGGCAGUGUGUUCCACCUCUGGUUCCUCAAGCUCUCUUUGCAGUUACUCCUUCCAGUAUGGUGAUGGAAGCGGCACUUCGGGAUAUUAUGUAUCUGAUACUAUGUAUUUUGAUACAGUCUUGGGAAACGAGCAGACUGUAAAUUCUUCAGCUACAGUUGUUUUUGGAUGUAGCAACUCGCAAUCUGGAGAUUUGACCAAAUCAGACAGGGCAGUUGAUGGGAUUUUUGGUUUUGGACAGCAUGAAUUAUCUGUCGUAUCACAGCUGUCCUCUAUAGGUGUUGCACCUAGAGUUUUUUCUCAUUGCUUGAAGGGUUCGGACAAUGGUGGGGGCAUAUUGGUUCUCGGAGAGAUUAUAGAACCGGGUAUUGUCUAUACCCCUCUUGUUCCAUCACAGUCUCAUUACAAUUUAUAUCUAGAAAGCAUUUCUGUCAAUGGGCAAAUAUUAUCCAUUGACCCAUCAGUUUUUGCAACAUCAAGCGCACAAGGAACCAUCAUUGACUCUGGGACUACAUUGGCUUACCUUGCAGAACAGGCUUAUGAUCCUUUUGUUAGUGCGAUAGUUUCUUCUCUUUCACCAUUAGUGCAUUCAAUCCCUUCUAAAGGAAAUAAGUGUUUCAUUACUUCCAGCAGUGUUGAUGAAUCAUUUCCUUCCGUUACAUUGAACUUUAAGGGUGGUGCAUCCUUGCCAGUAAAACCUGAGGAGUAUCUUUUGCAGCAAGUUUCUGUUGAUAAUUCUAUUGUAUGGUGUAUUGGCUGGCAAAAGAACCAUGGAUCAGGAAUUACAAUACUAGGAGAUAUCGUUCUAAAGGACAAGAUAUUUGUUUACGAUUUGGCUAAUCAGCGCAUAGGCUGGAUGAAUUAUGAUUGCGCUCUUUCUGUUAAUGUUAGUACAUCAUCUGUUAAGAACGAGUACCUAAAUACCGAGCAGCUCAAUGUUAAUGGAGCAUCACACACUGGAUCGGUGAAGCUGCAGUCAACUAGCAUUGCAAUUGUCCUUGUAUAUAUUCUUAUGCUACCCAACUUACGACGAUAGCAAUGAGAUUGUAGCUCCAAUUGUUAUUGGUAAUGGCGACAGACAUUUGAGUCAAUAUUUGAUUCAAUUGUGAGGACUUUUUCCUGUAAAUGACAUUCUUCAUGCAAUACUAAUUUGGAUUAAGUUGAA